UUUGCAUUCAUUUUGUGACGCUGGUCUCUGUUUGUCACCGCACAAAUUAGUUUUCUUUCUUUUCUCUUUAUAUACGUUCAAAAUGGCAAAUCGUGGAAAUCGUGCUCGUCAAACUGAAGAAGUGGAUAACACCAUUAAUUACGUACAAUGUGACGGUUUGGCUGUUAUGAAAAUGGUGAAACAUUGCCAUGAAGAGUCCAGUAAUUUGGAUUUGGCCCAAGGUGCUCUAUUGGGUCUGGUGGUCAACAAAUGUUUGGAAAUUACCAACUGUUUCCCUUUUCCCAAGAGCGACGAUGAAACCAUGGACGAAGAAAUGUAUCAAUUGACCAUGAUGCGCCGUUUGCGACGUGUUAAUGUUGAUCACUUUCAUGUGGGCUGGUAUCAAAGUUCCAAUGUUGGUAACUUUUUGUCUAUGGCUCUCUUGGAGUCACAAUACCAUUAUCAAACCAGCAUCGAAGAAUCGGUUGUUGUUAUUUACGACACACAAAAGUCGGGUCGUGGAUUCUUGUGUUUGAAGGCCUACCGUUUGACUCCUCAGGCCAUACAAAUGUAUAAAGAUGGUGAUUUUACCUCUGAUGCUUUGCGCAACUUGAAAGUGGGCUAUGAGAGUUUGUUUGUUGAAAUUCCAAUUGUUAUUAAGAAUUCACCUUUGACUAACAUCAUGAUGUCGGAAUUGUGUGAAAUGAUGCCCGAAGAACAGGGACACAAUUUCCUAGACUUGGGUACCGCCUCGGUAUUGGAGAAUCAUAUGCGUUGCCUUAUCGAACGCGUCGAUGAAUUGUAUCAGGAAUCUACACGCUAUAAUAAAUAUCAACAAGUUGUCUUUAAACAAGAAACGGAAAAACACCGAGCCUUGGCCAAACAGACAGCUGAGAAUGCUUUACGUGUUGCCAAAGGUGAAUCCCCAAUUCCCGAUGAUGAAGUUCUUAAGCAAUUCCGCCCCAUACCUGUUCCACCUAGACUCAAUGCCACUAUUUCGUCGGGUCAAAUUAACACGUAUUCCCAGCAUAUUUCACAAUUUUGCUCUCAAUCUUUGGCUAAACUUUUCAUUACACAAACUUUACAAAACUCUAAGGAAGCCAAGGAAACUAAAUAAUUUAACUAAUAUUAAAUUUAAAGACAAGAUUUUUUUUGUAAAUUGUUUUAAAUAUUAAUGUAUAACCACUACGUCUAGAAAUUUAUAAUAUAAAACAAUUGAAACAAGUUAUCUUGUAAAUUGCAUUUUGUACGGUCUAAAAGGAACAUAAAUAUAAAAAUACUAAUUAAUAAAGUGAGCCUACAAA